CCGCCCAGGGUCUGGCAGCCGCGCCGGAGGAGCCGCGGGAGCCGCGGAGAGCACCGGCCGCCGCUGCGGGAGCUGCUCCGGCCGCACCAUGCGAGAGCUGGCCAUCGAGAUCGGGGUGCGAGCCCUGCUCUUCGGGGUCUUCGUUUUUACAGAGUUUUUGGAUCCAUUCCAGAGAGUCAUCCAGCCGGAAGAGAUCUGGCUCUAUAAAAAUCCUUUGGUGCAAUCAGACAACAUACCUACCCGCCUCAUGUUUGCAAUUUCUUUCCUCACACCGUUGGCUGUUAUUUGUGUGGUGAAAAUUAUCCGGCGAACAGACAAGACUGAAAUUAAGGAAGCCUUCUUAGCUGUAUCCUUGGCUCUUGCCUUGAAUGGAGUCUGCACAAACACUAUUAAGUUAAUAGUGGGAAGACCUCGCCCCGAUUUCUUUUACCGCUGCUUUCCAGAUGGAGUGAUGAACUCGGAAAUGCACUGCACAGGUGACCCUGACCUGGUGUCGGAGGGCCGCAAAAGCUUCCCCAGCAUACAUUCCUCGUUUGCCUUUUCAGGACUCGGUUUUACAACAUUCUACUUGGCGGGCAAGCUGCACUGCUUCACGGAGAGUGGGCGGGGGAAGAGCUGGCGGCUCUGUGCUGCCAUCUUGCCCCUGUACUGCGCCAUGAUGAUCGCCCUGUCUCGCAUGUGUGACUACAAGCAUCACUGGCAAGAUUCUUUUGCUGGUGGAGUGAUCGGCCUCAUUUUUGCGUACAUCUGCUACAGGCAGCACUACCCCCCGCUGGCCAACACAGCUUGUCAUAAACCGUAUGUCAGUCUUCGAGUGCCGACCUCAAUGAAGAAGGAGGAGAUGCCCACAGCUGACAGCGCGCCUACCUUGCCUUUGGAGGGAGUCACCGAAGGCCCUGUAUGACAGGUGUGCUGGGCUGAUGGACCCUGAGCCCCCAACACACUCUUCACCCCUGACAUCAUAACACAGUGGAAAAGGUUUUGCCAUAGUGUGUUUCUCAUCAGUGGUGUCUCAAAGUUUCCCUUCUUCUGCUUCCAUUUUGCCAGGGAUGUUCUUGCCACUGUCAGUGUCCCCUACCAGCAUUUUCGAAUUUGCAGGGUUCGGACGCCAGGAACAGUCUGAGAGGUGUGUGGGAGGAGGCUGCGUGGAUGGGGUGGGUGUAGCUCUGCUGAUUCCUCCACCGGAAAUGUUUGUUGUAGCAACCACCUUCCUCUGUUUUCAUGGUUGUAAAACAUAAUAAAACCUCAUACUUGGAA